CCCCGCCGCUUGUUCGAAGCUGCCAUCUUGAAGAGCCCUAACAACGAUGGAUCUCGGACUGAAAGACGUGCAUGUUCUCAUCACCGGCGCCAGCGGUGGCAUCGGGCUAGCGACCACGAAAGAAUACCUAGCCCAAGGUGCGAAGGUCACCGCCCACUACAACUCCAACAAUACCUCCCUCGCACCCCUUCUCUCCGCGCACCCCGACACCCUCGCCGCCGUCCAAGCCGACGUCACCCGCGAGCCCGCCGUCGCGCGCCUCUUCGCCGACGCCGCGGCGCGCUUCGGCCCCGUCCAGGUCGUCGUCGUCAACCACGGGGUCUCGCCCGACCCCGGCGUGCCCGUGGUGGACAUGGGGCUCGAGCGGUGGCAGCGGACGCUGGCGGUCAACCUGGACGCGGUGUUCCUGGUGACGAGGGAGUACCUGAGGGGGCUGCGCGCGGCGGGGGCGGGGGCGAAGGAGCAGGCGGCGGUCGUCCUUGUGGGGUCGACGGCGGGGCAGUUUGGGCUGGCCGGCCAAGCCGACUACGCGUCCGCCAAGAGCGCGAUGAUGUACGGCCUCACGCUCUCGCUCAAAAACGAGAUCGUCAAGAUCGCCCCGCGCGGCCGCGUCAACGCCGUCGCGCCUGGCUGGGUGUGGACGCCGAUGGCGGAACCCCAGCUCAGCCAGGAGCCGGAGAAGAUGUACAGGGCGCUGGCGACAAUGCCGCUCAAGAAAAUCGCCGUCGCCGAGGACAUCGCCACGCAGAUCGUGAUCCUGUCGUCCGCGAAGGCGUCCGGCCACGUCUCUGGGCAAGUCGUGACGAUCGCGGGCGGGAUGGAGGGCCGCCUCCUCAACCACCCCGACGAGCUCGCACAGGAGCGUGCGGGCUGGAGUCUGCUGAGCGAGCAGGGGUACAAGGUGUAGUCAUGAAAGGGUAUACAGUACGAAAGGGUGGAAUAAAUAUGUGUCUGCAGACGUAGUUACAAGACCGGCACGGCGGCAGGUAUUACAAGAACCACGCCUGCGCUCCAGCUGAUUUCACGCAAUGUGCAGGCAGGAAGAACAUGCGAGGCCACUCGAGGAUUGUAAAUAAAUGCUUGGGCACCGAAUUUAUGCUUGCCGUAGACUAUGGGUACAGUCAAG